AUGGUAGCUUGUGUCGAGGAGAACCUCAAGCAGUGGAAGACCACCGAUGGACCGGUGGAUCUUGCGUUAAAGCUCCGAGACAUCACACGGGAUGUUUUGUGCCGGACGGCUUUUGGGACGAGCUACACUGCAGGGAAGGAAGUUUUCCAGAAGAAAAUCGAGCAGCAAUACAUUCACUUGGAGUGGCAAGAUUUCUUCCAACGUCCACCAAUCGACGCAGGUGGCCGAUUGAAGGAGUCGAGUGUCAGUGGAUCAUACGGGAAGGAUCUCUUGGGAUUGAUGCUGGCUGCAAACGAAGGAGUUUUGGAUUUUAACAACGGUAAGAAGCUGGAAAUCCAGGUGACGAUGCAGGACGUGAUCGACGAGUGCAAGACUUUCUUUUUCACUAGCCAAGAAACGUCGGCAGCUCUACUAGCGUGGACGAUGCUGCUUUUGGCACUCAAUCCCGAAUGGCAGACUCGACUACGUCACGAAGUUCGUGAAGUUUGUGGAGAAGUCUCCGCUCCAAACUCUUUGGAGAUGCUGGGCAAUCUCAAAUCCGUCAAGCUCAAAGAACUAGCCACCCCAAAAGGAACUCUGCUACUCUUGCCUCUGAUUGUCACAAACUACAGCGAGAAGCUCUGGGGAGAAGAUGCCAAGAGCUUCAAUCCAAAUAGGUUCGUCGCCCAACAGCAAAGGCCGUUCUUACCGUUCUCCGUGGGGCCGCGAACUUGCGUGGAACAGAGCUUCGCCAUGAUCGAGACGAAGAUCAUCCUUGCGAUGAUCCUACUCAAUUUCACGUUUGAGCCGAUGAAUCUCUCGGCCAAAGAAAAAUCACACUUUCACAAACCAUAG